AUGACACCGCCCUACAGUGCGUUGCGGAUAGAACCUCCUCAAUUACUGGAACAACCAACAAAAUGGUGGGAUUCGAUGGCAGAUAAAUCAUUAAUAGUCGGAUGCUACAAACAUGGUUACGAGAAUUACGAUUUGAUGAGGACCGACCCCACGCUUUCUUUCAUUACCAGCUGCCCUCUCCUUUCCCAGUCUAAGAUCAAUCAAACAGAACAGACAAAAGAUGACAGUAAUCUUGAUCAAGAUAUCGAUGACAAUGAAUCUUUAAGUAUGUCAAAAGACUGUAAAGAUUCCGAUAAAGUGAGCAAGGAUGUGCAAAACGAUUCGCUAACUUUAGCUAACAAACUAACACAAGAUAGUUCUGCAUUGGAAGCCAGCAACAGUCAUGAUGAGAACGAAGUUAUACUCGAUGAUGAAAAAAUUUGGCCAUCAGUCGUAGACUUAAAUACACGUUUACGUCGUAUUAUUUCUUCUUAUCAACGAAGUGUUAGUAAAAAAGAUGAAAUAAGCAAAACUGUUUCAAAAGUUGGUAAAUCAAGUGCAGAUGUUGAAAUAACUAAUCCAACUGUAGCUACUACGGAUCCAGCUCUCAACAUACAAGGAUGGGACUUGCAACAGCUCGCGAUGUAUCUUUUGAAAAUGGAAAGACGAGAAAAAAUGGAGGCUAUGGUCAAGGAGCGUGAAAGAAGUCGUGUUGAAGAACAAAAAGCUAAAUGGUCUCGUCGAGAAGAAAACGAAUUUUUUAGAGUGAUUUCUACUUAUGGUGUUAAUUAUGAUAGAAAAAAGGCACAGUAUGAUUGGGUCAAAUUCAAAAGUCUAGCUAAGUUUGAUAAAAAGACAGAUGCUGAUCUCACCGAUUAUUAUAUGUCUUUUCGAAUAAUGUGUAAAAAAGUUGCCAAUAUGAAAAUGUCAGAUGACGAUGAUAUUUUAGUAGAUCAGUUAUCUCCUAGUAAAGCUCGCCAAAUACUCGAUCGUGUUGAUCUUCUCAGUAAAAUUAGAGAAGAAAUUUUAUCUCAUCCACAUCUUGAAGAACGGUUGUGUUUGUGUCAGCCUUCAGGUGAUACACCAGAUUGGUGGAUUCCAGGAAAACACGACAAAGAAUUAUUGCUUGGUGCUGCAAAACAUGGAUUAGGGCGAACUGACAUAACUAUCCUUAACGACUUAGACUUUUCAUUUCACAAAAUUGUCGGUAAAAGUAUAUUUGGAACGAUUCCAUCUUCUUCAAUGAUUUUCAAUAAAGCAGAGAAACUUAUUAAAGUCGAAAAUAAAGACGAUAUACUCAAGUUUGAUAAGAACGAAAUACUUGUCAAACUUGAAAAAGGAGAAGGUACAUUAAAAAUUGAAAAAGUAGCUGUUAAAAAAGAUAAAGAUACGUUAAGUGAUAAAAGAUUAGAAGAUAAUGUUGAUGUUAAUCAAGCAGAAUUAACUAUUGUUAAAACUGAAGAUAAAAUUGACGAUAAAUUUUCGAAUAGUACAUUGACUAUCACUACCGUUCCAAUCGCACAGCCUACAGAAAUUGAUAAAAAUGAAGAAAAGGAAACACUUGUAACACCAACUUCUAAUGAGAAGAACAAAAGUGAGUCUGAAAAUAUUGAAAAAAAUAAUGAAGAUUUAAAAAUUGAAAAUAUAUCGAUAGAAAAGAGCGAACAACCUGAUAGUGACGAAAUAAAAGAUGAUAAUGAAGUAAAACAUGACAUAAAAGAAGUCAACAGUACAAAUGAAAAAUUAAAAGCUGAAGAAAAUGCUGAUGAACCUAUGGAUACAAAAGAACACGAAGAUGUUAUAUCUCCAGUCGAUCUUGAUAAAACUUAUAGUGAAUCACAUGAUCAAACUCCGGAAAUAAAAGAUCAAAAUACAGAAAUCCAAAAACCUAAUGAAAAUAUGGAAAUAGACAUAGAUAAAUCUUCUGAACAUUCCGAUAAUGGAUCGAAUAUUACUAAAACCAGAAAUGAUUCAAAUUCUGAGAAGUUGUCGUCAAUUUCAAUUGACAAUGAGAAUAAUGAAAAAAAUAAUCAAAAUCUACACGAAGCUACAAAUAAUGUAGAGGAGAUCAAAACUGAAAUAAAAGUUGAAUCUGAUUCUGAAUAUAAGCCGAAAAUUUCAAUUAAACUUUGUGAAUCUCAAUCAACAUCUGAAGUAAAUUCAGCCGAUAAACUUAAAGAUUCACAGGUCAAAAAUGAUACAAAUACAAAAUUGGAUGAUAUUGCAACCACUAAAACAGACGUUAAAAAAAUUUUUGACGCUGAAGACAAAUGUAGUGUUCAGGCAGCCGAACUUAAGGCCAUGUUUCCUGAUUUAGAAGUUAUACAGCCUCUUUCGAGAUUGACGCAAAUUGAUACUUUUGUAUUACGUGAUAAAACAGUCGAUUUUCCAGAGUCGACAGUAGCUCAGCUUUUCACUCAUAAUCAUCAAGCUUCACUCAAAUGGCCUAAAGAACAUGCUAUUGAAGCUCGUUUGAUGCAUAUCGUUCACGCAAUUGAACACAAAGAGUGGCCUGUUGCAAUUAAUUUUACUGCUGGAGAUGAAGUAGAACACACUAUUAGUGAAAAAGAUAUUUCUGAAGUAAUAACGAUUACAACAGAUCAUGGAAUUUCACGGGCAGUUCCUAGUUUAAAUAAUUUGGCCGUAACUAAAAAAAGGAAACGACAUAUCGCGAUUGACGUAGAAACAGAGCGAGCUAAAUUACAUGCAUUGUUAAAUAAUAGUCAUUUAUCGUCUCAAUUAUCAUCAAAUUCUUCAAGUUUAAGUAAGCCUACGAUAUCUUCUAAUAAUUGGGAUACCAAUGAAGACAAUGCGAAUGAUGAAUCUCGACGAACAAUAUCACUUCAACCGCCUCCAGCGCAUCAGCAUGUUCGUACACCUAGUAUACCAUUUGAAAUAAAAUAUUCGACUACUGGUAAAACUACUAUUAUUCCUGGUACUUCAAGUACCUUAACACCAAUCGAUUUAUCAUCCAAUUAUACAAAAAGUGUUAACGAUUCAAAUAAAGAUAUUAUGAAUGAAGUUCAAGAUUUUUCAAUGCCUAGCAAAAAUAAACAAAAUAAUAGUAAUAAGGGCAAAUUGGACAGUAUGCUCGACAAACUAAUGAAAAGAAAAAAUUGCCCUAUCGAUGAACCUAUUAUUGGUAAAGAGAAAAAGCGAAAAAAACUUGAUGAAAUUGUUUUAGGACUUAGUGCUGCAAAAGAGCAACAAGAAAAUAGUCAUUACAUGGAGUAUAUUAAAAAAAAUACGAUUACACCCAAUGUGACGGUAACACCAGCUUCUGUUUCUGCAGGAUUUCCCCAUUCUGUAGCAACCGGACAAAAACCAUUUUCUAUAACUGUUACAUCAGUUCCAACGUCACGAACACCUGGAUCCUCAUCAACUUUACCGACAUCUUCGUUACAUUCCCACAAAGAUAAUUUUUCGUAUUCUUCAAAAAUUAGUUCAUAUUCUCAUGAAGCUAAAGUUAAUAAAUGGCUUGCCGAACAAACAGCAAUCUCUGAACAACUCGGAGCUGAAUAUCUCAAUACCCCCAGAAGACGUCGACCUCGAGUUGAUCCAUCUCUUCUUGACUGGAAAAAACUCACUGGAGAAGAAAAUGUUGCUGUAGUCAACCGAUUAACUGGAAAAAAGGUAACUGGAAGUAAAGCACCUCAAUUGAAAAGACUUGGUCAAUGGUUGAUGGAAAAUCCAAUAUUUGACGUUGAUCCUAAAUGGGCUGAACUUGUUAAGGAACGUGGAAAUCUUCCUCAUGAUCUGCAAAAACGAGUUCCAGGCUUAGAACGAAGCAACAAUAAAGGAAAAAGCCCUGGAAGGCCACCUAUGCUGCCAAGUCCUACAAGCCAAGCAUCUUCAAAUCCGUCUAAUCUUACUUCUACUUCGAUAGCGUCACAAUUAAAUUUCCCUGGUCUUAGUAAUUCUCUUUUAUCGACGUUAUCUAUGAGUAACUUUGAUCCAAAAAAUAAUCCACUUCUUAUGCCAUUUGGAAGUUUACCGAAUCUUGGCGCAUUAGGAAGUCUCGGAAAUAUCAGUAAUAUGAACCUCACCAAUUCGUUCUUUGCGAAUCUUGCAGGUCUCGGAUUACCAUCUUUGAGUGGUAUGGAAUCUGUUUUGAGUGGUUCUACAGCUUCUAGUUCAGCGGAAACAAGUACAGUAACUACAACCGCAAAAAAUAUUGGUUCUAUAAUGAGUAGUAAUAGCAGCUCUGGUAAUUCCUCCAAAUCACGGUCAAAAAUAGAUUUAGCAACAAGUAAAGUUUCAACAUCAUCUACUGCAUCUUCAUCAUCUUUACCAACAACAACACCAUUUCCAUUCUUUUUCCCAAAUCCAAGUUUAUUGUAUACACCAUUAGGAUUGGGAAGCUUAAAUCCUUUUUCCAUCCAACCGAGCGGAGUUUCUUCUGCGUAUGAAAGUCUUGCACUUCUUAAUUCAUCUGCGUCUAAUGCAUCAUCAUCAAGAAAAUCAACUACUUCAAUAAGUAAUUCUCGUCAAAAAGAUUUUUCAAUCGAUUCUGCAAAGAAAAAAGAGUUGGAAAAGAAAGUUGGCUCAUCUUCAAAUUUGUCUUUUAGAUAUCCUAUUGAUUCUACGUUAAUGUUACAGCAGUAUGCUGAUUUUACUUCACAUAAUGAUGAUAAAAAAUCUUCCGAAUCAGAAAAAAAAGACAAUAGUGACUCAAUUGAUAUUCCUGACCUGCCUGUACGUUUAGAUAAAAAAGCUAAAGAACUUGAAAUAAAAGGACCUCUAGAUCUUUUAAAUAAAACAAGUGUUGAGGUUUCAACAAAAAGCCAACAUGUGGAUGACUUACAUAAAUCUCAUAAAAGAAUUCGGACUUAUGUUGUUUUUAGUGUAUGA